ACAACACAAGUACACAUUCUAACACACUAAAACACUAUAAACACACUAAAACUACACAACAGUACACUAACACACUAUAAGCACACUCUAACACACACUACAACACUCUAACACACUAUAAACACACUCUAACACACUAUAAACACACUCUAACACACACUACAACACUCUAACACACUAUAAACACACUCUAACACACUAUAAACACACUCUAACACACACUACAACACUCUAACACACUAUAAACACACUCUAACACACUAUAAACACACUCUAACACACACUACAACACUGUAACACACACUACAACACUCUAACACACUAUAAACACACUCUAACACACUAUAAACACACUGUCACACACACUACAACACUGUAACACACCCCAACCUGCUCCAUCACUCCUCCCGGUUCUCUGUCGGUGUCCUGCUGCCGGUUCUCUGAGACUCUACCGGGACUUUACCGGAGGAAGAACUGAAGGGAAACCGGGACUUUACCGGAGGAGAAGUGAACAUAAACCGGGACUUUUCCGGAGGAAGAGCUGAAGUGAAACCGGGACUUUAGGAACCGAACCGUCGCCGCUUCAUCCGGAUACUUUGGAGGAUUUUGAUCGUUUCUGUGGAUUUGAAAGUUUGAAGGAAGAAAAAAAAAAGCGGAGAAAAUACCGGAGGACUAAACCGGAGGACUGAACCGGAGGACUGAACCGGAGGAAACCGUUUCUCCGUCCUCAAUGAUGGAGACUUCGGAGAAAAAAGAGAAAAUGGAUGUGAGCGGUUUCGCCGACAUCCCGAAGAAGCCGGAGACGAGAGCCUCCCAUCACGUCUUCCCCAGCUUCCACACUCCCAUCCCCGUCGACAUCCGACACCACGACGGCCGAUACCACUACGAACCGCUGCACGCCAUGCACAGUCCUGCAGGUUUGACCGGCAGCCCUGUGAUCUCCGAUAUCUCCCUGAUUCGUCUCUCUCCGGCUGCCGUGGCGACCGGCGACUCCCCCUUCAGCCCUCCUCACCCCUACGUCCACCCCCACAUGGAGCACUACCUCCGGUCGGUGCACGGCAGCCCCACCCUGUCCAUGAUCUCCACCACCAGAGGCCUCAGCCCAGUAGAACUGGCCCAGGACCAGCUGAAGGACCGUGGACUGUUUGGACUUCCUCCUCCGCCCGGCGCUGGUCCGGCUGAGUAUUACCACCUGAUGGCCAGUCAUCGGAGUCCAUACGGCGAGCUGCUGAUGCAGGGGGGCGGAGCCAGCACCGGGGCCCACCUGAGUGAUUACAUCACCCCCAUCGAUGUGUCGAGGUUCUCCAGCCCCAGACUGACUCCUCGCCUCGGCAGGAAGAGGGCGCUGUCCAUCUCGCCGCUGUCCGACGCCGCCAUCGACCUGCAGACCAUGAUCCGGACGUCGCCCAACUCCCUGGUGGCCUACAUCAACAACUCCAGGUCCAGCUCAGCGGCUGGCAGCGCCUACGGUCACCUGUCGGUCGGAGGCCUCAGUCCGUCCUUCCCCUUCCAUCACCACAUCAGCCCCAUGGCCUACCAGCAGCUGCUCAGCCAGCAGCGAAGCCUCGGCGCCUUCGGACACAACCCGCCGCUCAUCCAGCCGCCGCCCACCUUCACCGGACGCCAGCCAGGCCUCGGCCUCACCUCGCUGCCAAGCUCCGCCCACAACACCGACCUGACGUCCAAGAACCACGGCGGCGAUCCGAUCAUCAGCAGCACCGUCGACUCCAUGACUACCAAAAGAUCCAAGGUGAAGAACGAAGCAGACGGACUGAGGCCAACGUCUCCAUGUUCACCGAACCGUCGCCGUUUGUCGGAGCUGAAGGACGAAGCGGAUCGAGACGAAUCCAAACAGGAAGCCGAAGCCGUUUACGAAACCAACUGUCGGUGGGAAAACUGCAGCAAAGAGUUCGACUCCCAGGAGCAGCUCGUCCACCACAUCAACAACGACCACAUCCACGGGGAGAAGAAGGAGUUCGUCUGCCGCUGGGAUUCUUGUUCUCGGGAACAGAAACCGUUCAAAGCUCAGUACAUGUUGGUGGUUCACAUGAGGAGACACACGGGGGAGAAACCACACAAGUGUACGUUUGAAGGCUGCUCCAAGGCCUACUCUCGUCUGGAAAACCUGAAAACUCACCUUCGUUCUCACACCGGAGAGAAACCGUACGUCUGCGAGCACGAAGGCUGCAACAAGGCCUUUUCCAACGCCUCGGACCGAGCCAAGCACCAGAACCGGACCCACUCCAACGAGAAACCGUACGUCUGUAAGAUCCCCGGCUGUACGAAGCGCUACACCGACCCGAGUUCUCUGAGGAAACACGUGAAGACGGUCCACGGCCCCGAAGCUCACGUCACCAGGAAGCAGAGUAGCAAUCCGCCGCCGCUGAGGCCGAGAGAGAACGGCGAGAACGAGGCGCAACCUGGAGACGCUAAGAUGACCGACGGCGCCCCCAGAGGCCUGGAAGACUUCCUGCACGUCAAAGGAAUCAAGACGGAAAACUCGGUGGUGCAUCAGUCCAGCCCUGGCGGUCAGUCAUCAUGCAGCAGCGAACCAUCACCACUUGGCGGCGCCACCAACCAUGACAGUGGAGUAGAGAUGGCGGUGCUCAGCGGGGGGAGUCUGGAGGACCUCAGCGCCCUCGAUGACCUCAAUGAAGGAUCCGGCGGCGUCGCAGCGGCGGGUCUAAACUUCAGGAAGCAGCUCAGCAUCAGCCAGAGCCUCAAGCAGCUCAAGACGGAGAAGCUGAAGGCGGCGAUGGACUCGUGUCGGUGGGAAAACAACCCAACAGAACCGGGCCUCGGCACCAAACUCCCACCGAUACCAGCUAGAGGGUCCGUCCUGGACAGUCCCAGUUUGGGUGGUGAUCCGGUGUCCUUCCCUGGUUCUGAUAAAGUGACUGUGGUGGGAAACCUGUCGGAUCGAUGCGAAAGCACCUCCAGCACCUUGACUUCGGUUUACAGCCGCCGGUCCUCAGGCAUCUCCCCUGGUUUUUCCAGCCAGGCUUCCGAACUCGACUGCCCCGGCAACGUCACCUCAGCGGACUCCUACGACCCGAUAUCCGCCGACUUCUCGUGGCGCUCCAGUCAGGCCAGUCAGCGUGGGGGGAAAUUGGGCGGCUGUGGGAGCCCCCUCAUCCUGACCCCAGCCCAGCACUACCAUCUCAAGGCUAAAUACGCUGCUGCCACUGGGGGGGCACCACUGACACCUCUUCCUUACGUGGACCACAUCCUCCAGUCCUCUAACAGAGUCCUUCCGUCCAGGCAGUAUGGAAGCUUGAUGCCCCAUGAGGUUCCGUCCAACAUCCCCCGCCGAGCCAGUGACCCGGUGAGACAGCUGGUGAUGGAUCCUUCCAGCCGGCCUCGAAUGCAGCGGUACAACAGCUUGGACACCAUGCAGCCUCGUACGCCUCCUGCAGCAGAUCACCAGCGUUUAUCCCAGCAAGCUUUCGUCCAACACUUCCCUUCCAGCAUUUCAGUCAUCAUGGACACAAGCAACACCCCGGAUAAAGACCCAUCACUGCCCGACCUCAACAACGCAACCAACAGAGCAUCAACCGAUCACCAAGAUUGUCAAGGAACCUUCACCCUCCAGCAGCAGUUGUACCACCAGAGAAGGAUGAACCUGAACCAGUCCACUCAGGUUCUGCCCUCUUUGAGUCCAGGGAUGUGUCCAUCUUCGCUGAGGAACAACGGACCCAUCCAGUGGUACAAAGCCUCUUCAGGACUCGCCCGAGGGAACCUGGUCGUCCACCAGCAAAACCAGAACUUUGGAUCUCUUAAUCACAAUCUCAGCUCCAAUCAGCAGAGAUGCACUCAACCGAACUCUGAACCGGGAACAAACGUCUUCCAGCAUCUCAACGAGGCGGUCAGAUCUCAGUGCAGGUUCAGCGAAGGCAUCAGUUGGUGUGACAGGAAUGGAAACAAGCCGGUGCAUGUUCAACUAGAGGACUGUGAAGGACCGAUGUUGAUUCUCCAGCCGAGGCCACCAACGGAACCCAAACCUCAGCAGCAAACAAGGGACCCACCAGAUUCCAAGUUCUCCACUGCGUUAGGACUUCACUGCAGUGGUAACUCAGAUGCCGUGCACUACACGGGGCAGAUUCAUGUAUUUGAGCCCAAUGGGAACUUUCAUGUACCUUCUCUGGUGGACCUACCUUCUUUUGAGAACUACGCAGCAUCUCCUGGUUCAAGCGGGAACCAGGCGGCGCUGGAGCAGAUCGACUUCGACAUCAUGCUGGACGAUGGGGAUCUCUCCAGCCUCGUGUCGGGAACCCUGAGUCCAGGUUUGCUGCAGAGUCCUUCCCAGAACUCCUCCCGCCUCAUGACGCCCAGGAAUUUGGUCACGUUGCCGCCGGUGUCGCUGGGCAACAUGGAGAUCGGGGAAAUUGGCUCUCUGGCAGAGGAAAGCAAGUUCCUCAACCUGAUUUCUUAGCUACAAACUAAACUUUCCUCUGACAGGAAUGUGUUCGCACAACAAACAUUCACUUCGGACUGAUGGGAUUUGGUGCCAGAAACUUCUGCAGCGUCUUGUUUUGAUGUACAGUCUUAAUUGCUCAUUAUUGAAAAUGACAGUUUUCUAUUGUUUUUUUGAAAAGCCAUAAUUCUGUUUUUCUGCCUUGCUGCAGUUGUGAACAAAUAUUUACUUACACUUGUAAAAAUUCAUGUAUAUCACAGCAGUCUUUAGGUUCCUGUGUUUGCUAUAGCAUGUAUUUUGGUUCUUUUAUAGAUUUACUCUAAAGGUCUUCUGGAAAUAGUUCCAUGGUCUCUUAACUUCUCUUAUGUUUGACUACAGCUGCUGACUCCUCUGAGCCAGUUUAAAUAGAACCCAUUAGAUCCACUCAUUAGACUCUUUCUGUGGUCAGAUGGAACAAAAACUGAGCAGAAAUAUGUUUGGAGGAGAGAAGAUGAGGCCUUCAACCACAAGAAUACCAAACCUACCGUCAAGCAUGGAGGUGGCAGUAUCAUGCUCUGGGGCUUUCUAGAAGUGCUUCUGGACUGGUUUCAGACUGGAUGUUGGACUGGUUCUUAGACUUUUUCUUUAGGACUGCUUGAGGUUUGGUUGGGGUCCCGAUUUUGUACUGGUUGUUGACUUAUCUAGGACUGGUUUACUACUGGUUUUUAUGACUGGUAUGACUGGUUUCAGGCUGCAUGUUGGGCAGUUUUUGCACUUUUAGGAGUAGUCUAGGUUUUAUUUUGAUCUUGGGUUUUUGAUGUUUUUAGGACUGGUUUCGGACUGUUUUCUAGAAGAGCUUCUGGACUGGAUUCAGACUGUAUGUUAGACCAAUUUUGGACUUUAUUUAGGAGUAGCUUCUUUUGGUUUGGUCUUGAUCUUGUACUGGUUUUAGACUUUUUGAGGCCUGGUUUCAGAUCGUCUUAAGUGGAUCACCAAACCGACCAUCAAGCAUGUUGGUGGCAGUAUCAUACUCUGGGGUUUUCUAGAAGACUUUUUUAGGAGUAGUUUAGGUUUGGUUUUGGCCCCGGUUUUGCUCUGGUUUUAGACUUUUUCAGAACCGGUUUCAGGCUGCAUUCUGACUGGUUCAGAACAUUGUUUUGGCCUGGUUCAGGUUUGAUUUGAGGACUGGUUUCAGACUACCUUAGGUGGGUUUUAGACUUUUUUUAACCACAAGAACGCCAAACUGACGAUCAAGCAUGGUGGUGGCAGCAUCAUGCUCUGGGGCCCAAUCCUGUGUUUUGUUUCUUUCAAAAGUUUUUUAAGAUCUUCUGGAAAUAAAGCAAAAACUACUAUGUCAAAAAUAUUCAUACAGAAAUAUUAGUAUUUGUCCAUUUCUACAUCAGUUUGGUUCUUUUGGUUUCAAUCUUCUGGUUUCUCUUCUUCUUUUGGUUCUUCUUUGACUUCUCGGGGCAGAAUUGGUUCAGUUCCACUAAACUUGUCGUCUUUCUGAUUUGGCUCUUCAGGUUCUUGAUGGGUCUAAUCAGCACUGUGGGGAGACCAGUCUAGAACCUUCAUUCCAGCCUGAUAGAACCAUUUCUUUACCACGUCUGAUGUGUGUUUGGGCUCAUUGUCUGGUUGAAACAUCCAACCGUGUCCAAGAUCAACCUUCUGCUGAUGGUUUUAGGUUUUUAUCCUCCUUCUUCAUUGUUCCAUUUACUUUGUGUGAAGCUCCAAUUCCAUGAUACUGCCACCACCAUGCCUGAUGGUAGGUUUAGUGUUUUUGGGGUUAAAAAAAAUCUAAAACUCACCCAAGACAGUCUGAAACCAGUCCUCAAAAUGUCUCAAAGCAGGACCAGAAUCAAAUCUAAACCAGUCCAAAAAAUGUUCACAACCAGUCAGAAUACAGUCUGAAACCAGUCCUAAAGAAGUGAAAAACCAGUACAAAACAGGGACCAAAACUAAACCUAAAUGUCUCCUAAAAAAGUCCAAAAACUGCCCAAAAUAAUCUGAAACCAGUUCUUAACGGAUCAUAAAGUCCAGUAGUAAACCAGUCCUAGAAAUGUCAAAAACCAAUAUAAACCCAAACCUAAACUACUCCUACAAAAGUCCAAGACCCGCCCAAGACCAUCUAAAACCAGACCUCAUCCAGGACCAGAUCCAGAGUGAAAUAAAUCCUAAAACCAAGUUUAAAUCACAUCCAAAACCAGGAGAACCAAGACUGAAACCAAACAUAAACCAGUCCCAAGAAAGUCCAGAACACGUCCAACAUCCAGUCUGAAACCAGUCCAGAAGCUCUUCUAGAAAGCCCCAGACCAUGAUACUGCCACCUCCAUGCUUGGUGGUGUUAAACAUCUCACCUCCAAACAGAUUUCUGAUCAGUUUUUGUUAGUUUUUUUGUGACAAAGACUCUUGUUUCAAUCAUUCUAUCACAGAAAGUUCAGACUUGUUGUGGUAUAACUGAUCUCUAUAAGUGCAUGUGGAGUUUUGUUCACAACUGCAGCCACCAGCGGUUCUUUCGGUUGUCGUCCAGGUCUGCAGUAAGAUCACUUUUCUAAGUGCCUGCCUCAGCUAAGCAUUAAACUGUACUUGGAAUGUACCAUCACUGUAAAUUACCGGAGCUCGGCUUUGUUUCAGAUCAUUUCUGCUGGAGUUCAAUCAUCGCUUCCCUCAGCGAGACGGGAUCUGAUUAGUGAUUAACUUUGACGUCCGGGUGUCAGAUGAAGCGGAACGUUGACGAAUCGACCGAUCAGCUCUGAAUACUGAACAUCCGAGGGCAGGAUCUUCCUUUUUCUACGCCGUCGCAGCAGCAGUUUGUUUGUUUGUGCAGAACGAAAUGUCUGUAAAUAUCGUUUGUACAUUUUUAAGAAAUACAACGCUGACUUUGAU